CUACCAGUGCCUCGGGAGGGGCUAAUCUGAGCCUCCCGGACGAAAUCAGGGAUUAUAGAUCUGGGGUCAGAGAUUCCAGACUUGCCCCGGGUCUAGAUCCGCCCGGGACGCAGCCCGCCUAGCUGGAAUUGCCACCACUCCUACAAAGGACAGCCCCGCGGGGUCGGGGGAAGGGGCUGCGGACCUCCUGCAGAUGGCCAGGGUCCUUCAACAAAUGGGGAAACUGAGGCCCAGAUGGGCCAAAUGAGGGCCACCUGGGCAGCCAGGGACAGCUUGGACAGGGACGGAAGCCUGACUGACUCUGCUGGGCCACUGCUCCCAUCACCCCUUAGCCCAUCCCCUCAGCCGGCCUGGGAGGACUUCCUGCUCUCCCAUCCUCGUCCCUGGAUUGGCCAUGAAAGGGUCAUCUACUCCUCGGGCCUGCGCGAUGCGGGACGAGAGACGAGGAGGGCGGGCAAGAUGGCGGCUACUCCUGCCGGUGUGGGCCGGCUAGAGGAAGAGGCGUUGCGGCGAAAGGAACGGCUGAAGGCCCUGCGGGAGAAAACCGGGCGCAAGGACAAGGAAGACGGGGAGCCAAAGACCAAGCAGCUCAGAGAAGGGGAGGAGGAAGGCGAGAAACACAGGGAACUCAGGCUGCGGAACUAUGUCCCAGAGGAUGAGGACCUGAAGAGGAGGAGGGUGCCCCCAGCCAAACCAGUCGCGGUGGAAGAGAAGGUGAAGGAGCAGCUGGAGGCCGCCAAGCCAGAGCCCGUCAUUGAGGAAGUGGACCUGGCUAACCUUGCACCCCGGAAGCCUGAUUGGGACCUCAAGAGAGACGUAGCCAAGAAGCUGGAGAAGUUAGAAAAGCGGACCCAGAGAGCCAUUGCUGAACUGAUCCGCGAGAGGCUGAAAGGCCAGGAGGAUAGCUUGGCCUCUGCGGUGGACGCCAACACAGAACAAGAGGCCUGCGACUCCGACUGAGGCGUGCCCUGUCCCCUCACCCAUCUGUCAGGCCUGUCCUUGGGCAAGGGUAGGAGCUGGGCUUGCCAUCACUUCCAGUUUGGCUUCAGAGCAGUGACUCCCUGCCCCAUCAGUCUGAAAACCCCCCACCCCCAUGGAGUGAGGUCAACUCCUUGUCUCCUGAGUGGUCCCCACCACCCUGAGUGGGGACAGAGCCAGCAGCAACUCUGUAGGCUGGCUGUGUCUGUACAUAUGUAUGUGUUUGGAACAUUUUUUUAAUCUCUGGAAAUAGAAACAAGCAGACCCCUGUGUGUGGUAGAAACCUAUCAAAUAUUUCCUGGGUCCUUGGGGCACUGUGGGAUCGGGCCCCAAGACAGGGUGGCUACAGAGGUCAUGCUUAAUUUGUAAGCCCUGUGUUGGGCUGAGCAUGUUGAGGCUGGAGGAGUGGGGAAGGCCCAGGUGUGACCUUCUGGGCCUAGGUCUUGACCCAGUCCUUGGUCAGUGAUGGUCAUCUCAAACCCUUGGGUGACAGAGACAUGGUCUGAGAGGAUUCUUAAGACUUCCCACAGGCCUAGGCCUUCCAGUAGUCUGUGGGACAGCCUGGAGAGGCUCCCAUCUUGGUCUUCUGUGGACCCCCUCAGAGUGUGAGAGGGAGAGGGAAGAGACUGGGCCCAUGAAGGGGGUGAGCUAUACCCUGGCCAGCCUCAACUCUAGGCUGCUCCAGAUUUGAGGCCCCCAGCACUGUUCUUUUCCACUCUGCCCAGCCCCAGGCAGCCCCUCUCCCCACUUCACCAGUCAGCUAGACCAUGGCUCCCCUAGGACAGGGCCCCUGUGUGGGGGAGGGUGGCCCUUUCUGCUAGAGACUAGAGUAUUGUAAGCUGGGUUUCACAUGUGGUCUUGGACCCUGGCCCCCAAGGUCCUGGCUUUUGGACCAUGAGCCUCCUCUGUGGAGCUGACUCUCCGGAGUGACUGUCUGGCCACAACUCUGACUCCAGGUACCUGUGGCCAACUAGAAUUUCAUCUCCCUCAGAAUGAUAACACUCUUGAGUUUCCUCCAGGGUUUCCCCUUGAGCCUCCUGCCCCUGAGUCAUCCCAGUGUGUUUUUUCCUCUGUGCUGAGAUGGCCUGGCUCUGGGAGACAGUGCUGAGGACUCGGGCCAUAGAGGUGGAAUAUGUGCACACAGGGACCAGCACACUCAUUCAAUAAAGUAAAUACUUUAAGUUAAAAUUAUGCAACUACUCUAAGAAGGUAAUUCUUGUGUAAAAAAGAAGCAGAAACUUACAGCUGUGAGGGCUGAAGUGGUAGGUGGCUGGCUGCUGUGGUGAGCAGUGGGACAAGACUAGGACUCUGAUUCCCACAGGGACGUGGAUCAGACAUGCCCACAGGUGUCAGGACUGGAGCCAGGCUCCCUCUGAGAGCCGGGCUCUGGGACUGGGCAUCUUUUCCUAGGAAUAAAGGAGGAAAGCACGUCCCCCACUUCCCGGGAUUGCACUGGAACAGGGUGCUUGUCUGCGGCAGUGUGAGCUCAGACACCCGGAGACUGGGAACUGGGCUUCCGCUCAGCACCCGCCCUGGGACUAGAGCAAGGAUACCCCACAGUGUGAGCCAGAGGGCUAAUGCAGGUCUGCUUCUGCAUUUACAACACUACAGGAAAGCUGCCCUACCUGGAGACAGAAAAACAAAAACUAUUAUGCAUGAAUUAAUUUAAAAAUAUGUGAGAAAAUCCAAUGCCUUAAAGAAUGACCAGCAACCAUAAAUUGGGAGAAUUUGUCCCUGAGGAAA